AUGGCAGAGCAGCAGCAGUAUGCGCGGCAGCAGCACGCAGGAGCAGCAGCGCGCAGCCCCCUGCAGCAGCAGCGCUGCAGCGCGCAGCAGCGCUGCAGCGCGCAGCAGCACUACGCCCAGGCGUGCAGUGCUCGUGACGACGGGGCGGCGGCGCAUGUGCACAUGGCAAUGAGUGAUGCCCGGUACAAGCUGCUUGGUGGUGGACAGUACCCAUCCGAGUGUGAUGAGGAUGCCCCAGUCCCUCCUGCCCUUCCAGUUCCAUUCUGUCGUUGUGAACCGGGCAAUCAGCUGGCAGAGGUGAAGCAAUCGAGGCAUCCCAAGACGGCCUGUAGAGCAUUCUACAUAUGCAAGUGGAAUGAUUCAUUGAAUCCUUGCCACUGCUUUUUCUUUCAGUGGAUCGAUGGUCCGGAUAAGUUCGAUGCUAGAAUUCGGCUGUUCCCUUAUUAUCGGUCAGAGUCGUGGGCGUACAAUGAGUUUAGACGAUGGGUCCCUCCCCCACCAAAUCCACCACCUAUGACAGAGGAAGAGAAGCAAGAAGCUGCUAUAUAUCGUGUGAACAAUCCUCCCAAAUGUCAUUGCGGUGUUCGUGCCAAACUUCAAAGGCCUAAUAUUGGUGUCCCUCCAAAGUUCACUCCCUUUUUUAGAUGCUCGCUAAAGACUAGAGAUGGAUGGACGGCAUGUGACUUCAAUGAGUAUAUUUAUGGUUCUAGAUCUCAUUGGCCGACAGAAGAGGAAGUGCGAGAAUUUGAGAGUGGGAAGAAGCCAUGGCCAUGUACAACUACUCCUAGUGUUCGAUGCAAGUGUGGUAUUCUGGCCACAAAAGGCGUAGUUCCUUCUGAGCUUGGCUACGGAUAUUACUGUGGCAAUAGCUACGGAGAGUAUUGGGAGGGAAGGACAUAUGAUUGGGAGUGGUUUGAAGGCCGGUAUGAGCUAAUGUUGCAAUUGGGCAGAACAAAAGAGCCUUGGAAAUCUCGAGACACUUUAAAUAGAAAACUGAAGAUAAGGAAGGAUUACCAAGUUACUUUGCCCCUUGAGUCAUUUCUGUCAGGGCCUGUACUCCAAGACCUACGGCGUGAGUAUGGAAAGAAGGCAGCAGAAAAGACGACUCUUGAGGAUUGCAUUAUUUAUUGA